AGUGGAAGUUCCUCUUUUAAGGGCUGAAGAAUGAGAGAGAUAUCUCCCGGGGCCAAUUCAACACCUCUACCUGGCCAUCCUAACAAGGUGAUUUGUGAAAGGAGUGAAGAUAGUCCAAGUCCCAAGAGACAGCGCCUCUCUCAUUCAGUCUUUGAUUAUACAUCAGCAUCACCAGCUCCCUCACCACCAAUGCGACCAUGGGAGAUGACAUCAAAUAGGCAGCCCCCUUCAGUUCGACCAAGCCAACAUCACUUCUCAGGGGAACGAUGCAACACACCUGCACGCAACAGAAGAAGGCUAGCUAUAAUCUUAGCUGCCAGAUUUUCUCCCAGAAAGAGACUAUGCCGAGCAAAUACAGUUAUAAAAAAUAAUCCAGCAGGAUUUCAGAUACGAAGUCCUCCUGUCAGGCGCCAGAGAGGAAGAAGAGAUCGUCUUUCUCGACAUAAUUCCAUUAGUCAAGAUGAAAACUAUCACCAUCUCCCUUAUGCACAGCAGCAAGCAAUAGAGGAGCCUCGAGCCUUCCACCCUCCGAAUGUAUCUCCCCGUCUGUUACAUCCUGCUGCUCAUCCACCCCAGCAGAAUGCAGUAAUGGUUGACAUCCAUGAUCAGCUCCAUCAAGGCACAGUCCCUGUUUCUUACACAGUAACAACAGUGGCACCACAUGGAAUUCCACUCUGCACAGGCCAGCACAUCCCUGCUUGUAGUACACAACAGGUCCCAGGAUGCUCUGUGGUUUUUAGUGGACAGCAUCUCCCUGUCUGUAGUGUGCCUCCUCCAAUGCUUCAGGCAUGUUCAGUUCAGCACUUACCAGUACCAUAUGCUGCGUUCCCACCCCUUAUUUCUAGUGAUCCAUUUCUUAUACAUCCUCCUCACCUCUCUCCCCAUCAUCCUCCUCACUUGCCGCCACCAGGCCAGUUUGUCCCCUUCCAAACACAGCAAUCACGAUCGCCUCUGCAAAGGAUAGAAAAUGAAGUUGAGCUCUUAGGAGAACACCUUCCGGUGGGAGGCUUUACUUACCCUCCGUCAGCCCAUCCCCCAGCAUUGCCUCCAUCAGCUCCUUUGCAGUUCUUAGCACAUGACCCUUUACCUCAGGAGGUGUCCUUUGGAGUACCGUAUCCUCCAUUUAUGCCUCGGAGGCUCACAGGACGUAGUAGAUAUCGAUCCCAGCAGCCAAUACCACCUCCCCCUUAUCAUCCCAGCUUACUACCAUAUGUGUUAUCAAUGCUUCCAGUGCCACCUGCAGUAGGCCCAACUUUCAGCUUUGAAUUGGAUGUGGAAGAUGGAGAAGUAGAAAAUUAUGAGGCCCUGUUAAACCUGGCAGAGCGACUGGGAGAGGCUAAGCCUCGUGGACUGACUAAAGCAGAUAUUGAACAACUUCCUUCAUAUCGGUUCAAUCCUAACAAUCACCAGUCAGAACAGACUUUGUGUGUAGUAUGCAUGUGUGAUUUUGAGUCAAGGCAGCUACUUAGAGUCUUACCCUGUAACCACGAGUUCCAUGCCAAGUGUGUUGACAAAUGGCUUAAGGCAAAUCGUACUUGCCCAAUUUGCCGAGCUGAUGCUUCAGAAGUGCAUCGGGAUUCAGAAUGACCAACCUAAGAGCACAACUUUAGUUUGGGUGUUCCUCAUCACAUGUAUAUAUGGACUAUCCAUUGAACUUAAUCUGUGUGGCUUCCAGCCCUCCCUUUACCAAAAGGGUCAAUGGACCUUUCUUUGCACUGUGUGACUUAAUCAACUAUAAAAGCUUACAAUUAGUCUUCACAAUUAUGGGAUUGUUAUACUAACCGUGUGAUUGGAACUCCAAAGACUUUUUCUUUAGCUUAAUUUUGUGUGUGCACUAACAUUCCCUGGUUUUUGUGUGAUCAUUCCGAGUGUUGCUGCAAGAUUACAGUGGACGUGAUCUUUUAGCAUGUGCUUUUAUAAAAAGUGGUAGCUACAGAUGAUAUAGCAAUCUACCUUAUAUAGAGCCUUCAGAAACUGUGAGUGGAAAUGGAUGCAGCGUAUGGCUGUUGGUGAUAAAUGUAUCUGUGUGUGUGAGAGAGUGUGCACAACUACUUGUGUGAGGGCAUGGUAGCUAAUGUGUGUAUGAGAUCCUAUAUACCAGCAUGUACCAAGAAUGUGUGUGUAGUUUUAAUUAUGCUGCAAUGUAUAAUCUGGUGUGUUAUUUAAACAGCACUAGUACUGUACACUGGUUUUUCCCCUUGUGUUUGCUGUUGCACACUGAUUGCUAAGGGUGCGUCAAUUAUAAGCAUUGAAUACUCCAUGCCCUUCCCUCCCAAUGAAUGGAAUGAGAAAGCCUUCCUUUGCUUCAGGCAGCUGUCACCUUCUCUUUAUUGGUGGUCCUAAAUGGGUCACUUAAGAAAAAAGUGUAACAGAUUCUCACUCCAUGAACCCGAUUUUUUGAUUCUGUUGUGAAAAAGAAAUUUUUAAAUCUCCAACUUGCUGUUUCCAAAAAGAAGGUGCAAUAUAAUAUAUCAUCAGCUAGCAAUAUUAGCAUUUCAAUCAAUGAUUUGAAUGUUGAUACUUUCUUGUUUUUUCCUUUACAUUUCCAGUAAGUGUCUUACAGAAAGUACCUGUGAUUUUUCUUUUUUAAUGUUUAGAUUUAUAGUCUAUUCUGAAGAUAUUUGAUUAAUAUAUUCUAAGAAUACCACUGGUCCCAUGAAGUCUCACCUCAUUGACUUCUACCAGAACAAAAUCUGUUAACUCAGCUUGACUUCUGGUAUGUAUGUUCUGUGUUCAAGCUCCAGUUCUGAAAGUUGUCUAGUUGUUCCUCCCUCAGUAAAAGUACUUCUCAUCGAAACCCUUGUUUCAGGAUGGAUCAAGUGCUGUGACAGCCCGUGUUCCUUAGACCUGCUUUGCUUUAAUGUUUUACUGCUUUUCCUUUUAAUUUUUGUUUGAAUGAGAAAGUUUAAUACAACAGGUGUCUAGAAUACUUGCAGUAUAAAUGAAGAUUUGAUUUUUGUAUAAAAAUAAUGCUGUUAAACAGGAAUUGACCUUCUUAUAGUUGACCUGAAAUAAUACAUAGCUGUGUGGGUUUUUUUAGUAGGUUCAUUGAACGUAAUUCGGAUUGGUUAAAGUCAUUUUUCCAACGACGUUUAAAUUACUUUCUCAUUCUCUCAGUGUCUUCACCAUUGUCUGCCCCUUGCAGUUGAUGUCAUUGCUUUGUUUGCAGUCGUUCAAGCUGCAUUAUUCCAGUCAGGACUGUGAUAACUCGCUGCCAGCCUCACUCAGCUUUCAGUUCGUUCUGUGUCCGUUUUCUACUCAGACAGUGUUAACUAGUUGUUACUGCCAUGCUGCUUGCCCUCCUUUAAAGUCUCGAUAAGCUCAUCACAGCCUAGAGUUCAUUGAAGUCAGUUCAACACAGAAGCACAAUUUUGCCCUGUUCUAGACACUGUUGCCUCUAUCUAGUCAUACAAGUAGGAUUUUGCAUAUUUUCUGUUUGCCCCUGGAUUUGUCAGUGCAUCAGAAAUACAUCUAAACAGUGGUAAACUGCACAUAUUACUUUUAAAUCAUUAGGCUAUCACCCAUGUGUUCCUGACGAAUAAAAAAUAUGUUAAAGACCAAAAUUUUUGGCAUAAUAAUCAGCUGCAUACAAAUCACGUAUAGUUUAAUCUUUAUUUUUUUUAAUGAAAAAAUCAUGUUUAAAAUGGCAAAAGCUCAUCUUAUAUGUGCUCUUUUUAUAUAGCUGCAAAAAUUUAUAUCUGUACAGAUCUAAUGUAACACUACUACACUCAGUAUUCAUUUUAUUGAAGCAUGCAAGUAAAGCACUUUUUCUAAUUUAUAUAGAGAUACCUAAUUAACAAGACACAUUGUACUAAUGACUAGGAAAAGUAACCUUUUCUUCCCUCCCUUUGGCUGAAUUUUUGUCAUAAUGUCCCUUUUUCAGUAAAUUUUUGAGAGGCAGUUGGCAAUUUAGGAGGCAGCAGGGUCUGUUUUGGUAAAAUCCUGAAUUUAUUUGUUGCACUCUUGUGACUGGAUCUCUCUUUGGGAAUAUCUUUUCUUUGCAUGGGGCUCUCAGAGAUGUGUGCAGACUUGCUUAUUCAGUGGUUAGUGCGUAUUUGGAGCACACUUGCUUGUGUUCUGACCAGCUCGGGCUAGCCACAGGAAGCAGCACCUUUGUGGCUAGCAAAAGAGCAAGAGCAGUUGAUUCAUGCCCAGCCAUUGUCACCUCGGCCGAUGCACCGGAUAGCAGGCAGAUGUUGGUUUGUUGCCUUCAUCCUCUUUCCUCCUAAAACAAUAUUGGCUUUACCACCUUAACUCAGCUGUGGGUUGUUUGUGGGUUCUUGUUUGAUUUUUUUUUUUCUUUUUGUGGCAUGAAUUGUCAUCUUUGAUAUUUUUUAACCCCCAUCCCCCCAAAAAGAUGAGUCAGGCCUCCAGGUAUCAAGAUCUCAUAUUAGGAUCUUCUGUCCUGAAUUUUUUGAGCAAAAUCUGGAAAAUGUGAAAGCAUACUUAGAUUUUAUAUACUCUCUGAAAUACGAUUUGCUAAGAUUCUUAAACUUGGGCCUCUUAUAAUAAUUUUGAAUGAGAUCUACCAACUCACUUGUAUUUUUCACAGAUAUCUUCAGGCCCUCAUGAGAAAGCUAUUCUCCUCCUGUUGGUACAUUGAGUUACCUCAUUUUGCUGUUUGUUUCAGAUUAUGAAAGCUCACAGGGGUGUUUUUUGGAAUCAUUUGCUGAGUCAUUUCCUCAAAUCAUAUUCCAUUGUAUCAGUUAACAUAUAGUUUUAAAUGUACGUAUUAUAAAUAUCUGUAACCAAAUCAUUUGAAGGCUUGAUAAAUUUUUAACAAAGUUUGUACAUUUUUUAUGAAAGUUACUAGUAAUGCUUUACUAAGUAGUGCAAUGAAUUUUUAUUUUUAAUCCCUGUGCCCAAUUUUGGAGUUGAGAGGGUUGUUGGUAAUAAAUGUAUGAUGUACACUUAAAAA